GGGUUAGAUACUUUGGAUGCCCAGCCGCUCGUUGAAUAUAGAUCUCCGCCGGAUCCUAAUCUAGACCGGCAGUUGCAUGAAUGGAGUACUUGAAUCCUUCUGGUACCCUUCCAUACCGUUCUUGUAUAUAUUUUAUUUUAGGAUUUGCAGCGUUGGCUAGCUGUCUUCAUGUUAUAAUACCUUUCGCUACUAGUCCUCUGCAUGUCUAUCCACAGCAUGUGUCAGGGGCUUGCGGAGAUACGCUUGAAAACUGGAACGCAUGGCUUCAACCUUUGUAUGUGGAUUUAAGGGAUCACGGGGUUCUGAAGGAUAGCUUUGGAUCCUCAAUUCCUAAAACUGAAGGCGUUUAUUCGUGUUCAUAUUUUGUUAAAAGAGCAUACUUGUACAUGGAACUUACGACAUUCUCACGCUGGAAAAGCCCACAAUUUGAAGAUUGAUUCGUAGAGAUUGAUGUAUCUUAUUGACUAUCUCAAACCUUCUCUCCGCCCGGAUCUAGCAAAUGUGACAGCAAAAAGCUGUCAGGAAUCAUAUAAAUCACACCAGCACGACAUUGAGCGCAUCACCUUG